CGCUACGCUCCUUCGUCAUCCCGACGACAGUCGCCAACCACAACCAUUAAGUAUCCGCCGCUCCCCCGCCCUCCCCCCCGCCACAGGCGAUAGAAUAUCCACUACCAACUUGCCGCCAAGUUCCCUUCGUCCGCCGACACAGCUACACACAGACACACCGACAAAAACGCACAACACCACACAACCGCAACAAUGAAGGUUCUCAGCAAAGAAGAAGAAGAUGCCCACUACGGCGCUGUCCUCCGCGGCGGAGCCUACGGUGGUUUCGCGGGACUCGCGCUGGGACUGGGAGCAAACGCGCUAAUGUAUCGCCGCAUGGCCUUCUACCGAAGCCUUACGAUCCCCCUGCGAGCGUUCUUCGUUUCGUCCACCGCGACCUUCGGUGCCAUUAUCGAGGCGGACCGGUAUUCCCGCCACUUCGAGGAGGCCCGUACCGCCAGCGACCGAUACCUGCUCGAGUCCCGCGCCCGACAGCUCGCCGAGGAGCGCGCCAACCAGACAAAAUGGGAGAGGGCCAUGAGCCUCGGAAAGGAGUACCGCUACUCAAUCGUUACUGCGUCGUGGGCGGCGUCGAUGGCUGGUUCGCUCGCUAUGGUCUCGAGGGAUAAAUAUCUCACGACUUCCCAGAAGCUCGUACAGGCUCGUAUGUACGCCCAGGGCUUGACGCUGUUGAUUCUGGUUGCCACCGCCGCUUUCGAGGUUAGCGAUGCUCGCGCCGCAAAACAGAACGCGAACUCCGCAGAUCCCAAGAAGCGGAUACACCAUGAGACAUAUGUUGGAGAAGACUUGUGGAAAGAUAUGGUCGAAGCCGAGGAGAAGAGAGAUGCGGCUCGCCGGGCGGCUGCCGCUGAAAAGCUGAAGCACUAAAUCGAAAGCGGACUACGGGUUGGGUUCAGAUAGACGGUUGUUUUGAUGCCUUUUGUACGGUAGUCAAUUUAUCGGUAUAUUUCUUUGGGA